UUUUCCUCCCAUAUAUAAAUUUCAAGCAACACAUCUGUUGAUUCAUAGCAAUGAUAUCACAUACACACACAUACAAAGACUACGUUAUUGCAUCAUAUGGGUUCCAUAGUAGAAAUGGAAAAGCCACAUGCCAUAUGCAUCCCCUUCCCAGCACAAGGCCAUGUAAACCCCAUGAUGAAAUUUGCUAAGCUCCUUCACUUGAAGGGAUUCCACAUCUCCUUCGUAAACACCCACUUCAACAAUAAGCGCUUGCUCCGAUCCCAAGGUCCCUCCGCCCUCGACGGCCUUCCAGACUUCCGUUUCUACUCCAUUCCUGAUGGCCUCCCACCAUCUGAUGCCGAUUCCACCCAGUCAAUCCCAGACCUUUGUGAAUCACUUCCUAAGCACAGCUUGGAACCUUUCUGUGAGCUUAUUACAAGGCUUAAAGGCGCCUCGGACGUGCCGCCAGUGAGCUGUAUUGUUUUGGAUGGGGUCAUCAGUUUUACUCUUAAAGCUGCCGAAACAUUUGGGUUGCCAAGUGUAGUCUUUUGGACCACGAGUGCUUGUGGGCUUUUGACUUAUAGUCAUUAUCGUGAUCUUGUUCAAAAGGGGUAUACUCCUCUCAAAGAUAUGAGUUAUGUAACAAAUGGGUAUCUAGAAACAAGCUUGGAUUGGAUUCCGGGGAUGAACAACAUCCGGCUAAGGGAUUUCCCAAGCUUCGUUCGAACCACAGACAAAAACGACAUCAUGCUCAACUAUCUCAUGAAUGAAGUUGAGGCUCUACCGAGAGGCUCAGCUGUUGUGCUCAACACAUUUGAUGCCUUGGAACAUGACAGUGUUAAACCUUUAAAUGCAUUGAACCCCAGAAUUUUCACCUUGGGCCCACUACACCUGAUGGAACAACAUCUUCAAGAUGAACGGGUCAAGCAACUUGGGUCUAGUCUUUGGAAAGAAGACGUGAGUUGCAUCCAUUGGCUUGAUACAAAGGACCCUGGCUCAGUUGUUUUCGUGAACUUUGGAAGUAUUGCAGUCAUGACAAAGGAACAACUAAUUGAGUUCGGGUGGGGACUCGCUAAUAGCAAGAAGAAUUUCUUAUGGAUAGCCAGGCCGGACAUUGUUGGCAGCACUGAGGCAGGGAUGUCACCAGAGUUCCUAGUUGAGACUAAGGGUAGAGGCAUGAUCACUAGUUGGUGUCCUCAAGAACAGGUUCUCAAGCACCCUGCAAUUGGAGGAUUCUUGAUACACAGUGGAUGGAACUCGACACUUGAGAGUAUUAGCAGUGGUGUUCCGGUCCUUUGUUGGCCAUUUUUUGCAGAACAACAAACAAAUUGUCGGUAUAGUUGUGUAGAGUGGGGGAUUGGAAUGGAAAUCGAUACUAAUGUCAAGAGAGAGGAGGUGGAGGCUCAAGUGCGGGAGAUCAUAGAUGGGACGAAAGGAAAGAUGAUGAAAGCUAAAGCUUUGGAGUUGAAGAAGAAAGCUAAAGAAGCAGUCACCAUUGGUGGAUCGUCUUAUCUCAACUUUGACAAAUUAGUUACCGAAAUUCUGUUAAAAAAGUGAAGUUAUAAUUUAUAUGUAUAUUUUCUACCUGCAGGCUACAGAUAAACAUUCUAUUGUCCAGAGUUUAAUUCUUUGCACUCUCAAUAUCAUUCAUAUUCUAUAA